AUGCCUAAGAAAUUGAACACAGUUAAGCCCACUAGAAGGAACACAAGAGGGAACACGAGAGAGAACUUGAGAGGGAACGUGAGAAGGAACACAAGAGGGAACGUGAGAAGGAACACAAGAGGGAACAUAAGAAGGAACACGAGAAGACUGAAAGACAAUAAUCAUUGGAUUAAACGUAUCUUCAAUCACAAAUGCUAUGUCACCUUCCUUACUGGCUGCUACAGUUAUGACUGGGAAUACAGACAGUGGAAAAAAACUGAGCUUGGAUCCUGUUGCUGCUCUCGGAGAGAGCAAUACUUUCACAUGUUCCUGGUAAUUUCAUUUUUCUUGUCUGUGAUUUUGCUGUUCGUGUGGGUAGAAACCUCCAAUGAAUACUUUAACUUUGACUGGGUUGUUUAUCUAGGAACAGGAUACUGGCUCUUCUGGUCCAUUUUUUUGCUGAGUUUAGCCGCAGUCAUGGUUGCCUACUCUACAUUGCUGUUGAUACUUGGAUCUUUGUUGCUUUGGGAAAGGAUGGAACUGUACCUUCACACAUGUCAUAAGAUCCUCAUUAUGCUAAUAAUUCUGCUAUGCAGCUUUUUACUGACUAUUUUAACUAUAUUCUGGAAAGAUAAGUGGCUGAUAGCUGGACUGUCACUGCAGGUCUUUGCUCCUUUUGUGCACGUGACCAGCAUAACUGUGAUGGUUAUCCUUUCCUGGCCUUUGGCUAUGUAUAUGGGUCGUUUGGAAAGAGAAGUUAGAAAAAGAAGACUCAAGAUAACACGUUAUGAGAAAGAAAGACUCAAGAGAUGUAAUAUAUUCACAAGGUUAAGAGCUCUACAGUUGGCUGCUGGAUUGCCCUUUCUUCUUAUCCUUUUAUGCCUCUAUGCGAUGCCAUUGGGGAUUUAUUCUCCCUGCAUUCAGGAGGAGGAGGAGCUGGGGCCUAAGCCUGUCUUCUUUGCACACAGAGGUGCACCCAUGGUGGCGCCCGAGAAUACUGUGAUGGCCUUUGAGAAAGCCGUUGAACAAGGGGCAUAUGGGCUGGAGACUGAUGUAUACUUAAGUUUUGAUCAUGUGCCUUAUCUCAUGCAUGACUAUGACCUGAGACGAACAACCAAUAUCAAGGAAGUUCUGCCUGAAGCUGCCUUUAGACACCCUGCCUUCUUCACUUGGGAUUUCCUAAAGACUCUAAAUGCUGGAAAAUGGUUUAUAAAACCAGAGCGCAAACCAUUUUUCAAUAUGGGACCUAUAUCAGAGGCUGAUAAAAAACGAGCAAGCAACCAAUCAAUUCCACAACUAGUUGAUUUAUUGAAAAUUGCAAAGAAGGAAAAAAAGGUUGUGAUAUUUGAUCUUUUUGGUCCUCCACCAAAACAUCCUCUCAGAAACACAUUUGUUCGUGAAGUAGUAAGGGUGAUCCUUGACUCGGAAAUUGAGCAACAUCUGAUUUUUUGGUUACCAACUCAUGACAGGGAGUAUGUCAGGUAUAAGGCUCCUGGUUUUCAGCAUGUGGGUCGUUUACUCUCCAUUGAAUCCCUAACAAAACAGAAUAUCAGUAUAAUAAACGUUGACUACAAGAGGUUAUUCUACAAUGGGUUGAGAGAUUAUAAAGCAGCUAACAUCAACAUCAACUUAUACAUCGUCAAUGAGCCUUGGCUAUACUCACUGGCCUGGUGUUCCAGGAUUAACUCAGUGACCACAGACAACAUUCCACUCCUGAGUCAGCUUACUCAUCCUCAGUUCUUCAUGACACCAAAAAACUAUCUGUUUACAUGGCUUUUCACAGAUAUUGUUUCUGCAAUUAUCAUUAUUUCUAUAUUUUAUUUUCAUUGGUGGAGAGAAUUUAAAAAAGAAAAACUGCGGGAAAGCGUCAGCACUACCACAGUCCAUGAUUAA